AUGAACAAGCAGCUUCUCUGCGAGGAGACACCUAGAGCAGACACUCCCGAAGGCAGUCACCUGCCUCUUGCUCAUCAGAGAAACGCCAACAAAGGCAGUGAAGAGGAAAGGAACCUGCCAGGGCCGCCCAGUCAAGGCCACGCGCAUUUCCCCAAGGGGCUCUCGUGCCCCGCCGCCGCAACCCGGACCACUCUCGCCCUAGGCAACCGCGCGUCGGCCCACAGGGACCGCUCCUCACGCUCAUUCCCCUUCCACCCUCGAGGGAUGACGUCACUGCCUGACGAAAUCUCUGCCUCGCGCCCUGUCACUACGCUACGUCACUGCUUCGCGCCCUGCCGCCGCGGGCGCCGUGCUUCCGGCUGCGAGGACUACUACCUGGACUUGAAGGAGAACCAGCGCGGCCGCUUCCUGCGCAUCCGCCAGACGGUCAACCGCGGUGGCGGCGGCCCCGGGCCCGGCGGCCUGCAGAGCGGCCAGACCAUUGCGCUGCCCGCGCAGGGCCUCAUCGAGUUCCGGGACGCGCUGGCCAAGCUCAUCGACGACUACGGCGGCGACGACGAUGAGCUGGCGGGCUGCGCGGGCGGCGGCGCGGGGGGCCCGGGCGGCGGCCUAUACGGCGAGCUCCCGGAGGGGACCUCCAUCACCGUGGACUCCAAGCGCUUUUUCUUCGACGUGGGUUGCAACAAGUACGGCGUAUUUCUCCGCGUGAGCGAGGUGAAGCCAUCCUACCGCAACGCUAUCACCGUCCCCUUCAAGGCCUGGGGCAAGUUCGGGGGCGCCUUUUGUCGGUAUGCGGACGAGAUGAAGGAGAUCCAGGAGCGGCAGCGGGACAAGCUGUACGAGCGACGCGGCGGGGACGAGUCCGAGGGCGAGGAGGUGGACGAGGACUGACGCGAAGCGCGCCGCCUCCCCGAUGGGCCCCCCCGCCCCACCACCAUCCCUUUGGUCUCGAGAGCCCCUUUCCCGAUCAUCCCCAGGGAGCCAGUCUAGGCGGAGCAAGGGGGGCCCCCGUCGGGAGAACACACAAUGAAAAAAUAAUACAGUUAAUUAAGAGAAAUAACCACAAAAGAAUAGUCGCGGACAAUUAAAGAAAAGCAGCAAAGUUGCAAGGAGCUGGCCGCAAUCUGCAAAGAGGACAACCUGAGCAAAAUCGUUUCGGCUUCUGUUGUUUCCAGCGGAGGUCUCUGAACCCGCCAGGGUAAGCCUGGAGGGGACAGAGCUUUCCGUGCCGGGGGCCGCUGAUAACAGCCGAAUUGGUGUCACCCCUGGGUGUCCAGGCCUGACCAUCUCUCCAGACCUCACUGUCAUGGUGUCGAUCCCUUCACCUCCACUGAAAUCAGCAUAUUGGAUCUGGGUCUUCAUGGGGAUCUAGAGAAAAGAGAGGCCUUUACUUUUAUUCAGAUCCUAGAGUACAGGUUUCACGCAAAGCAGUGCGGCUCCACAUAAUCAUGGACGGGGCAAAAGAGCAAUUCAAGAUGCCACGAGGCAAUGUAGGAACCCACUGCAUUGUUUUGUCUUCAGUGGUUUUGCGUGGAACCUGGACCUGUGUUCGUGUCUCUUUUUGGAAUUGUUUUCCUGGAUGCAAAUAGAGUCAGGUGUCGAUUCUUUAACUAGAAUCCGUUACUAAAGAAUUUUAAAAGUUGGCAAAUUUCUCCGAAGCUAAGAGCAGUCAUACUGGGGAUUGCUGAGGCAGACACAGGAAGGAAUCCAGCUUCAAGCACAAGGAGGACCGAGCAUGUGGGCUGCCGCUCACUAAAGUCCUCCCCGGGUCUGCAGACACCAAGGUCUUACCCAGAGAUGACUUAGGGGUGAAUGAGAGCCAGGUGCCUGUGGCUGUACAGCCCGAGCCGGGAAAUUAUGGCUACUUCGGCUGUUUGGGCCUCUGGUUGGCUGGAUUUUAAACCGUAAAACUUGAAGAUAGCUGCAAAAGGAACCGUGAGCUUUAAUGGAAUAUACGUCUUCCCGGGAAAGUUGGGGAUGACCAAAACUGAAGUCUUCAUCUACCUUCAGUUGAAUCUGUGGAUUUGCUCAAACACUAAAUAAAGAUCCUCAGGUCCAGAAUUCCAGCAUCAUCUAUUCUUUUAAAGUAGAUUUGUAAGAACUUGAUCCAUUGUUUCAGUACCUCAUGAUCGAAGUUGGCAAAUGACGGAUGAGUGAUUCGAGCAGUGCUCUUCGGAAGCUGAAAUCCAUCCGCAUGGGGACGAAGAAUGUGAAAACGCUAUGUCCUGGAAGCAUUUUUAUACCAUCUUGAAAUUUCCACAAACUGGCCCUUGGCCAGUGGAUCCAGCCGUUUUUUCAAGAAUAAAAGUUGGGGUUUUCAAGGAUCGCCUCUUCUAUAUUUUAAAUGGAUUUUCAGUAGAAAUGAUUUUUACUAAUCAAGUUAAUCCCAUCCCAUCAAAAGGUAUUCCUAGAAGUGUCACAGACCUAGGUGACUUUGAAUUGAACGGGAGCUAACGUUCUUUCCAAAGUUUUUAGGUCUUCCUUGUGCGACACCUUCUCAGCCAGGAGGCAGGUAACGCCCACCUCCACGAUCGUAGUUUGGUUUUUUGUUUUUGUUUAACUGCAUGCCUGCCCUUUAUUUGAGCUGCCUUUUAAUUUAUUGCAUACCCUUUUUAUUAUCUUAUUUUGGUAUUAUUCAAUCUAUACAAUCUUUUUGUAUUUAUUGGGAAAUAAGUGAUCUACAAAAAAGGUCGUUUUCAUGCGUUGUGGCCGAGAGGGAGAGAAAGAACUGUACAUAAAAUUAGGCUUUUUUAAAAAUUAGACUGAUUCAGAAUACUGUUGAUCUUAGAUUUUUUUUUUAAGUGGAAGAGCCACAAACAAUGGUGCCCUUUUCAGACUAUUUCUCUACUCUCAUCAUCCACAGUAGACUUUUUAAACAGAUUUUUUUUAAAGCUUUUCCUUUUUUUUAAAAAAACAAAACAAAAACUUUCUCCGUUGCAAAGAAUGUUUCCUAAAUUGUAUGGGAGCAAUAGUAUUUUUGAUGUUUUAAUGACAUCCAUAUACUUGUACUGUAUUUUGUAAUACAAGGCAGCUGUUUUCAAUAAUGUCCUGCUGUAUUUA